AUGGAAGGGCAGCAACAUGCAGAUACAACGUUUCCUGUGGUUAUGACCUGCUCUAAAGACGACAGGGAAGCUGUUGAUUUCCUCAGGACCCCUGCAAUCCGACUGGGUGGAGCUGAGAGUUACUCCUUCCAGGGUAUAAAAACCUCUGGAGCAUGCAUCUGCCCACAGGAACCCUCCAGUGCCCUCCAUCACAGCAGCUUUUUUGCCAUGAUAUCUGCACAGCAGCCACCAUUCCCCAACAAAAUUCAAAGAGUAAUGGACUGCCCAACUGAGGAAGAAGAAACCUGUGAAGAGCAGUAUGGCUCUGAAAACUGCGCUUGCAGCUCCAACCAUGCAUCAUCAACAGCAGAAUCUCACUCAGAUUCACCAGUAACUCUUAAAAUACUACAGAGCUGGACUCCUAGAGUUUCGCACUACUUCGAUAAAGAGCACUACACGUACGUUGGCCACCAGAUCGUCAUUCAGGAGUCUAUAGAACACUUUGGAGCUGUGGUAUGGCCGGGGGCGCUGGCUUUAUCUCAGUAUCUGGAAUCAAAUCAAGAACAAUUCAACCUCAAAGACAAAAAAGUUUUGGAAAUUGGUGCUGGAACAGGCUUGGUUUCCAUUGUGGCCUGCAUCUUAGGAGCUUAUGUUACAGCUACUGAUUUGCCUGAAGUUCUUGAAAAUCUCUCAUACAAUAUUUCAAAAAAUACACAAAACAUGAAUAUACACAAACCUGAAGUGAGAAAACUGGUAUGGGGAGAAGGCCUCAAUGAAGACUUUCCUCUAUCAACUUACCAUUAUGAUUUCAUACUGGCAAGUGAUGUUGUGUAUCAUCAUGCAGCUUUGGAACCCCUGCUAGCAACAAUGGUGUAUUUUUGUAAGCCAGGAACAGUAUUACUAUGGGCAAAUAAAUUCAGAUUCACUGCAGACUAUGAAUUUUUGGAAAAACUUGGCAAUAUAUUUAACACAAUGAUUCUAGCAGAAUUUCCAGAAUCAGACGUCAAGCUGCUUAAAGUUACAGUAAGAGAGAAUUAAACAGAAAACUAUUACUAAGUUUGA